GUGUGUGUGUGUGUGUGUGUGUGUGUGUGUGUGUGUGUGUGUGUGUGUGUGCAAUAAGAACCAAUGCAAAGGGUUAAAAUGUACCACUAUAUCAAAUCUAACAAAACUCUUCAAAAAGGAAAUAAUGAAAAAAAAGUAUUAUUUGAACUGUAUUACCUAAGCUAAGGAUCCUGAGGAUCUCAUUUGUUCGUUUUUAUUUUAUUUCUUGCUUUUUAUCGGUCAUUCUUUUGUUUUUUAUUAUCAUCUAUAAACAUGUUCAAUAAAAAAGAAUAAGAAAAAUACGGGGAGAGGUUACCUUUUACACAGCCCGAGAUGAAGCCUCGGACGUCACCCGCUACGUCAUUUCGCCUACGUGAAGCCUGCUCGAUAGGGAGCUUCGCUGGGGGGAGGAGCCGAGGUACUCGAUCGACACACGCCCCGAUGCCUCGACGCAAACCAUAACAUCACUACAUAUAGUAAGUUUCACCGACGACUGCUUCCUCAACUUGGUCCAAUACAAAGCUGGACUUGCGGAACGUCUGGAAAUGGAGUCCGGAUUAGUACCAACUCUCCUCGGCUCAGCGACAAAUCUCGGACAAAACAGCCCAUCAAUUGGUAACAUUCAGGUGUUUCUCUCAAGGGAUGUUGCCUGCCAUACAGACCACCUGGAAACACAUACUGUAGCCACACGGCUAUCCUUAAAGACUUUCCGGCCCCACUUCACAAGUAAAGAAGACUGCGAUGCCUUUGGAGACCGUAGCACGCAGCGCGGCGCCACCUCUGAGAGUCUGGGUGUGGACGCCCCUGGCUCCUCCCACAUGUCCAGUCACGGUGGGGAGCUGAAGAUCCUGAGCGUCUACGGUAAAGGGGAGGGCCCACUGGCGGUUGGCGGCCAUGACACCCUCUUCACCGCGUCGGAAGUGGAGGCCCUGAACUCGCUGUCUGCGGACCACAGCGCGGACAAGAGCCUGGAGCGCGGCGAGCGGCUGGUCUGCCACGAGGAGCUGAGUGUGCAGCAGCAGACCCCGGACACCAUUUCAAUCAAGGUUGAAGAGGAUAUUGGUGGAGGCAUGCCCGCUGUAGAAGACUGCGAUGCCUUUGGAGACCGUAGCACGCAGCGCGGCGCCACCUCGGAGAGUCUGGGUGUGGACGGCCCUGGCUCCUCCCACAUGUCCAGUCACGGCGGGGAGCUGAAGAUCCUGAGCGUCUACGGUAAAGGGGAGGGCCCACUGGCGGUGGGCGGCCAUGACACCCUCUUCACCGCGUCAGAAGUGGAGGCCCUGAACUCGCUGUCUGCAGACCAUAGCGCGGCCAAGAGCCUGGAGCGCGGCGAGCGGCUGGUCUGCCACGAGGAGCUGAGUGUGCAGCAGCAGACCCCAGACACCAUAUCAAUCAAGGAUGAAGAGGAUAUUGGUGGAGGCAGUCCUGCUGUAGGAGACGGCAAUGACAUCAGAGACUGCAGCACGCAGCGCGGCGCCACCUCGGAGAGUCUGCGUGUGGACGCCCCCGGCUCCUCCCACAUGUCAAUUCACAGCGGGGAGCUGCGCAUCCUGAGCGUCUACGGACAAGGGGAGGGCCCACUGGCGGUGGACGGCCAUGACACCCUCUUUGCCGCGUCAGAACUGGAGGCCUUGAGCUCGCUGUCCGCUGACCACAGCGUGGCCAAGAGCCUGAACUGCAGCGUACGGCUGGUCCGCCUUGAGGAGCUGACUGGGCAUCAGGGCGGCCGCAAGGGCCGGUCCGGUGUCUUGUGUGGCAAGGUUAUUCCCAACAAUGCCAAUAUGAUCGUCCACAUGAGGACUCACUCUGGGGAAAAGCCCUACAAGUGUGACCAAUGCAUGAAGUGCUUCAGUCUUUGCUUCACCCUGAAGCGCCACAUGUCAACUCACUCCGGGAAGAAGCCCUACAGGUGUGACCAAUGCACGAUACGGUUCAGUCUGCCAAGAUACCUGAAGAUCCACAUGUCGACUCACACCGGGGAGAAGCCCUACAGGUGUGACCAAUGCACGAGGAGCUUCAAUCGGAAAGACCACCUGAAGAUCCACAUGUCAACUCACACCGGGGAGAAGCCCUACAGGUGUGACCAAUGCAUGAGGAGCUUCAAUCGGAAAGACACCCUGAAGAUCCACAUGUGGACUCACUCCGAGGAGAAGCCCUACAGGUGUGACCAAUGCACGGGGAGCUUCGGUCGGAAAGGCACCCUGAAGAUCCACAUGAGGACUCACUCUGGGGAGAAGCCCUGCGUGUGUUUGCAGUGCGACGCCAGCCACAGCGACCCAGGCAGUUAGUGUGUGCACAUGCUCAAACACACUUUGACACGGGGUAACGGGACGCUUUGAUUGAGACCUCCGUCCUGUAUUGUUUGAAAUUACUGCUUUUAGUUUUUCUUUUCAUCACGAUUAAACGCUUUCAACUUUUGAUUUGGUUUGUUUUUAUUAAUAAUUGAUGUCUGUGUUGAAUAACUUAUUUCUAGGACACUUCUGACGGCAAAAUAUUUGAUUUAAUGUAGAGCUUGAUCAGGGGAAGAUACAGGCAGCAAAGUUACCAAGCAUACACUCAAUGAGACGACGGGUGUACAUGAUUCUUAUUGGAAACGUUGACAUCGUGGGUAAAUACAACGGAAACAAAGGUCAGGGGGAGGGGCCUUUGUGGAGUUUAGGAUUGGCCAGAGGAGAGACCAAGUUAAAUUGCAAAGAAGUCGGUGGAUUGGCCUCAGUAUCAAACUUGGUGCCCACAGUUGCAAAUGCAAACUAUCUAAACACCUUUCAAUUAGAGAGGGCGGAAGGUAUCUAUAGGACCAUGGAGAAUGGAUAGAACUUCAUUGAAAUUGAGUUGAGGGUUCAUAUAAUUUGUAUAUUAAAGUUAUGCUUGAUAUUGCCACAACAUUGUCAUUACCGUUAUCUUUGUUAUUACAAAAAGCCUGCAAAGUUCACUUGGGAAAUAUACUGCGAUCGAACCGCACAUUAUACAUGAUUGUGUUCAUUCCACUUACCAUUCCAUUCUGUGCGCUUAAGGCUAACUACCUUGGAUGGAUUGUAUCAUAAUAGGCGAUAAUGGUUGAAAAUUAUCCCUGGUUAAAUGUCUAGAUCUCAGUGAUGCUCAGUUUAGGCCGGUCCUCCCUCUAGAAGGCAGCAUUAUUCUAACGGGACAAAGUCAGAAGAUUCCUAGCAUUGGUCCCCCUUCGCUCCCUGUUUGCAGCGGCGGCUGGUGAUCCAAUUCGUGGGUGGGGUGCAGUAAUGGACGGGGGUCCUCCCCAAGAAAAUAUAGAAUUGUUUUCUAGGAUGCCCACUAGCUAAAAAUGUAUUCCGAUUCAUAGCCUACAUCC